AUGAAAGGGGAAACUAUCGUGAUUCCACGAUCAAUGUGCAGAGAAAUGCUUGACCGCAUCCAUGUAGGACACAUGGGCAUUGCGAAAUCACGACAGCGAGCACGAGACAUUAUGUAUUGGCCAAAGAUGAACUCGGAAAUUGCGGACAUGGUUUCCAAGUGUUCGACUUGUUUGGAACACAGAAAUUCCAAUCAAAAGGAACCCAUGAUUCCCUCACAAAUUCCCACCAAACCUUGGGAAAUGGUCGCCACUGAUUUAUUCACUUUGAACGGUGAGAACUACUUGCUUAUAGUAGAUUACUAUUCGCGAUAUUUCGAAGUUGCGAAGCUCAGUGACACCAAGAGUGCCACAGUUAUCAUGCACACAAAAUCUGUAUUUGCUAGACAUGGUAUAGCUGCAGAGGUGAGAAGUGAUAACGGACCACAAUAUUCUUCACAUGAGUACAAAGACUUUGCCAAAAGUUGGGGUUUCGUACACGUGACGACAAGUCCAUAUUUUCCCCAGGCUAAUGGUUUAGUCGAAAAAACUGUCAGCACAGUCAAAUCGCUGCUGAAGAAAGCACAAGAAGAUGGAAAAGAUCCAUAUCUUGGUCUCCUCGAGUAUCGAAACACCCCGUUGGACGGAAUUGGAUCGCCUGCCCAAAUGUUGAUGGGACGCAGACUUCGUUCAACAAUUCCGAUGACAAGUGCCCAGCUUCAACCAGGAACAAUUAAUCCGACAAAAGUUCAGGCACAGCUUAGAAAAAAGCAACAGGUCCAGAAGGCCUAUUUUGAUAAAGGUUCUAAAUCUUUGUCAGCUCUGGAGACAGGUGACACUGUCAGAAUUCAGCAAGGAGAUCGAUGGCAUCCAGCCACUGUAGUCGAGAAAACAAAGUAUCCGCGAUCGUACGUGGUUGAAACUCCAGACGGUGGUACAUAUCGGCGCAACAGACGUCAUCUAAUGUCGACUAACGAGCCAGCACUCCGUCAUCAUAUCGAGGAUGUGUCGCCGCCCACAGCAGUCCCGCCACCUGAUAUUCGUUCGCCGACAAACACGAUGACGCCGACCGCAACUGAAUCUGUUCGAACCAGUGGUCGAGAAAUCCGAAAACCAAUCAGAUUCAAAGACUAUGUGACAUGA